GCCUACUCGCGAAUAUGCAGACUAGGAAGCCAGCGUUUCAAGUAAUAGACGGAGUUCCGCGAUGCGUCGCCGCGGAACCCGAUUUCCUAAGAGAAGGUCUCAAGUUCCGAGCCAAGAAGGGAGACCUAGUGCAGUCAACGUUUCCGGAGAGUGGAACGCAUUGGAUGUUGUACAUCACGCACUUAAUUCUCAGAGAGGGACACCCGAUCACCACGUACGAAGAGUUCGCCAAAGAAUGGCGCUUCCUCGAGUACAUGAAUAUCAAGGACUUCAGCUCGUCUCAGCCUCUGAGAACGUUCGUUACGCACUUGGCGUUGGACAAGCGCACGAUGACCGAAGAAGGCAAGUACGUCUACAUCGCCCGCAAUCCGUGGGACGUCUGCGUAUCCUUCUACCACAUGGCGACCAACAUGAGCACUUUCGAAUUCCAAAAAGGAACGUUCGAAGAAUUUUUUGAGACAUUUGUAAGUGGCAAUUUCGGCUACGGCGACUACUUUGAACACGUAGCAGCCGGCUACGCUCUGAGGGAAGAACCGAACGUGUUCUUUGUCACUUACGAGGAACUCAAGAAGAACACCCGAGAGGUGGUGCUGAGGCUGGCGUAUUUCUUGGGAGAACAGUACGGCCGCGCUCUGGAGAAAGACGAAGCGUUCCUCCAAAGAGUGCUGGAGAGAUCGAAGCCAGAGUACAUGCGCAACGUAGUGGUCGUGGAUUUGAGUGCCGGAGACAACCCCCAGUGGAACGAGGCGUUCUCGCGCGAGAGGAUCACCUGCAUCGAAGGCCACGAAGGAGAAGAGAACAAGUACUCGUACGUAAGAAACGGCAAAGUUGGAAGCUGGAAGGACUACUUCUCGCCUGCUCUCCUUCGAAAGAUGGAGCACAGGAUUUUGGAGGCGGAGAAGCAAUCUUCCUUCAUGGACCUCUGGAAGGACAUCCGAGUUGAAGCGAGGAAACGCAUGCAAGAUACCGAAUAAAG